AUGCUUCGACGGCUACUCCACUGCCUGCUCUUUCUCGUCCAGUUCUCAUUUGCCGGUCUCUUUUCGGUUUUUAUUUCUUACGAAUCGAAAAUCCUUGAAAUUGCAAAGCAACAUAUCAAAAAACCAUAGUCCUUCUUGGUAGAUAUCUUAUUGAAAAACAGUCUUCAUUUUGGAGAAUCAUAUAGCCGCUGACGACCUUGAGCGGCUUUCCGUCUAUACUACAGAAUGGGAUAGGGCGCGAGUAGUUUCUUGUCGGGCGCACUGGUUUUUUAGGGUUUUCCUUCAGAAUCGCGCCGGCUUUUGAAAGCCGCAACACAGAUUCUUAUAUUAAUGCCGUGAAAAUGUUACAACAUAUAAAAUCUGUCUGAAACGUUGAUAUUUGUUUCUGAAUUUCAGCGAAAUGCUACAGUUGCGCAACGCCAAACAUGCAGUCGGUCAGUUUUGAAAAAUUUGACUCUUUUCAUUAAGAGCUUCAAUUAGAAUUGGGAGUUUAAAAAAAAAAGAAAAAAUUUAUUGGAGAAUUUGAAAUUCGCCAGAAUUUUCAUUUUUUGUUUUUGCUUUAUAUAAAACAUUAAUGUUUAAGUUAAACAGUCUAACUAUCAUUCUUUGUUUAUUUUCAGAACCUUGGUCUGAAAACUUCUAUGAGGUAUGCGUUUUUCAGAACUUUCUAACGAAGCAAAGAGGUCCACCAAAUCGGAUAUCGGACCCGAAAACAUUUGACGGCAAUUGCAAUGGAGACCUCUGGAUAAUAAAGGUGAAUUUCUUUUCAUUAAUGCUCUUCGAUCGUUCGUGGCUGAAGAAAUACGAAAAAAAAAUAAUUUUCAGGACCGAAGCAGCGAAGACUGCGACGGCGUCUGCUUCAAGUGGCAGCAGGUUUUAAAUAACUCAGGUUGGUUCUCAUUCACAUUUUACUUCGAAAUCAAACCGUGGAUCUGAAUAGUUGUUAUGAAAUUUAUAUUGAAUGAAAUGUUUAUUUCGCUCACAGACAGAUCUGUGGCGUGGAGAAAGAGAACCAUGAAAUUUAUAUUUUCCUAAACUUCGAUAAAGUUCCACUUUGAUAUAAAAAUAUUUUAGGUCGAAAUCGAAGAGAAUCAAAAAGAAAAGUAAUCUAUAAACGAGUUAAAUCAUUUUUGUGAUAUUUGCAGCUUCCUUAUUCGAAGAAAAAAAGUUCCAUUAUUCGGCUUGGAAAAAGAUCUAAGUGAGACAGAAACUGAUGAGAUCUCAACUGGUGAAAAUUCUUCCACUUGAUUCCUGUUUCUUUUCAAUUUUUCUGUCUAUUCUCUAUUCAAAAUUGAAAGAAUUCCGUUUUUUCUAGGUGUGUCAGAAAUAGAAAUCAAAAAGGAAAACUGUGACAUUAGGCUUAUGCAGCCAAUGAAAGACGUUAAUGAUAAAGAAGAACCACAAAAUCUCAUUUCGAGUACCGAUUUCUUUGCAAAAUGAUCAAUUUCCAACUUUCCAGGCUCGUACUCGUACAUGACGUUCCGAGGCUGCUACCAGAAGAUGUACAACGUCCUCGAUCCCAACACCUUCAAACCGCCCAAUCACUCGUUUUGCACGAUGUCCAAUGCCCCAUUAGCAUGUCUGUCUGAUUCGAGCAUUCUCGAGUAUUCUUGCUGGUGUCUAGGCGAUUAUUGUAAUUUUACCUCAUCUCCUUCUUUAUUGAUCUCAAUUUUCGUUAUGGGUGUUGUUAAUUUUUCUUCUUUGUUACACUGAUUAUUAUAUUAUGUACAAAUUUAUAUCACAUAAAUGUUUUGUCUUUUGUUUUACAAAGACAGAGAUUGAAAGUGCUGUCUUUUUUCUCCUAGUGAUAGGAAAGAUUGCGGUAUUUUUACAGCGUGCCUCACGCAGGCUUGAGCGUCAGGCCGGGCGACCCGGCCCGGGCUGGCCUGGCCCGGGCUUUGGGCCUACAAUAUGAAAAAAGCCUCCGUGGGCUCGGCCAGGCCGGGCUUCGAAAGAAAUCUUAAAUUUUAUUUUGAUAGAAUUUCUGUUCAAAAAAAAACUGUUUAUUGCAUCUUCAAUGCAAGAAUACAUGUGCAAUCGACUUUCAUUGAUUUCAACUGUGUUUAAACGGCGGCAGGAGCUGUGGCUUAGGCAGAGAAGUUGUGAAUUUCGCUCGUAGAACAUCAGGUACAAGAGAGGUAAAAAUAGAAUUUCACGGAAAAAUUAUUUUUACUUGUCGAAUCAUAGUUUCUAAUAACUCUAUGAGAAUAAAUAAGCAAAAAUACCACUUUUCUCGUUAAAAAAGCGAAAAAUUCGACUUGAAGAGAAUUUGAGUUCUUUGGGCCGGGCCGGCCAUUUUUGCUCAAGGCCUGCCUAGGGCCAGGCCGGGCCGGGCUUGGGGAGUGGCCGGGGGCCGAGAGGUUGACGGGCCGGCCCUCGCACAAGCCUGGCCUCACGUAAAAGGGCAAGAGAUUUAUCAUUGGGGCGCGCUUUUUCACACCUCGCUGAUUCUUUUUUUGUUAUGACGACGCUACUCAAGUCGCUGGUUCUCUUCCUUCACGCCACAGAAUUCUGUCUGUGAGCGAACAAUAAAAAUUUCAUUUCAUUUCAUUGCAAAAAGUAUUACAUAGGUCUUAUUCUUAUUAGAAUAGAUAGUAUCUCAGUAUUAGUAUCUUAUUAGUUUCUUAUUAGUAUUACAUACAUAGGUCAUUACCUCUCAUCGAAUAACAUUUUUAAAUAUGAAAAGAUUGAAAUGAAAAAGUUCAACAGCACUCAAAAAAAAGUUUACAUAUCGAAAAAAAUGAAAACUUGCAAAAAACCACGUGACAACGUGUCAUUUCUUCUUGUAUGACUUGGCUUCAUUUAUCAUUCCUGCUUCCUUCACGAGUCGUCUUGUUCUUGCAUUCAACUUCAAGAUCAGUUUUGAAUUCUAUUUAACUUCUAAUUUCCAAAAUAAGUAUCUGUGUGAUAAGCGCUAGUAGAUUAGGCCCGCGGGACUCCCGGAGUGCCGAUCCUCUUUGCUUGCAAAUUGGAUACGCAAAGUCACGCCGAAGCCCAUUCCAGUGGCUGAAGCACAAACUGUUGGCAGCGCGAUGCUGACAAAGCGAUGAUGGGACCCCCGCGGGAAAGGCCGUCACGGCUUUCGGCGUCUAGGAUUCUUAGUUCUGACAAGGCCGAGCGGAGCUCUAGCGCACCGCCUAGUUAGUUCUUUCUGACGGGAUAAAGUUUCCUUAACUUACUUACGGCUUUAGAUAGCUAAUCAGUCAAAACAUCAAAACAACUAUUUAUAUCCUCUUCUCCGCAUUAGAAAGUCUUUUAUCUUUGAAAAUUCAGUUAAUCGCGAUGAAAAGAGAUCCGCCUUCCAUGAUCAAAGUCGCGACGACGUUGUCAAACUAGAUCCGUGA